GUAUCAUAUAAAAGUUAUGAGGGGAGACAAAUAUUACACCGCACAUGAAAAAGAAGAGACCAAUCAAAAUGAAGUAAGUCAUAAAUAAGAGAAACAGUAAAUUAAUGCUCAAUCAUUUUCUCUCUCCCCAAGUUUCUUAAAUAAUGGGAGAAAUAAAAUAUUAAAAAAAGGAUAUGUGAAAUCCUCAGGAUUCAUUAAGCCGUAUGUAUAAAUAACGAGACCUAAAAUUGAGCAUUAACUUCAUUUAUUAAAAACAACGACAAUCAAUAUAAACUGUAACAAAAUUCAGACACGAUGAACAACGGAAUCAGCGAAAACAGUGAUUACCAAUUCUCUAAAUUCAUCAAGUGCACACAUCAAAAUUCGUCUAUAUUUUACACAGUUGAACAUAUUCAUAAACAGACCUUAAACAGUCAGCGAAAAAAAAUACAGGCAACAAUAAAAAAUACAGUUCAGAAGGCAGCACAUAGACUAACCUCCUCUACGACAUCAAUGUCAUCAUUAUGCACUUCACCACCUAAUCCACAUAAACGUGUAGCGGCCAACUUGAGGGAACGUAAACGUAUGCGUUUGAUUAAUCAUGCAUUCAAUGGAUUACAAUCUCAUUUACCCAAGGAAUUAUUACGUCCAAAUACAUUAUUGAGUAGUAUGAAUCCAAAAAUAUGCACUUCAAUUAUACAUAGACACCGAAAUUUUAAUGUAGAGUUAAGCAACAAACAAGUCGAUAGCCAAUUGAUAUUGCAGUCUGUAAAUCCAACCAGCUCAUAUUUUCACAAGGAGACCAUUUCAAAAGUUGAUGUGUUAAGAGCCGCAAUAAACUACAUUCACAUACUUGAGGAGAUUUUGGACGAACUGAAAGAUGAACAUUGUCCUGAAACAUGGGAUAGUGCUGCUGAUCAGAUGAACACACGGAAACUGGACUGUAAGCAGACACAACAUAGUAAAUAUCACGUUUGUUGUUUAUGUUCGAUCACGCAUUCGAAUGAAGACCGUGUGAACAAGUACCACAAGCAGUUAAUGAGUGGUACAGUAAUCAAAACAGGUGAGAUAGAGUAUUUGAUGAUAUUUUGA